UUUCCUCAUUUUACCACCACGCACUUUCCCUCAGCACUGCAGCCAAAAAGUCUUGCCCCUCUCUGUCUCUCACUCUAACAAUUAAGACACACAUCGCACAUGAUUACAUGACACAUCCCCACAACAUCGGUGGGUUGAUAGAUACCGAAUAUUGCGUGGUAGAUAGAAAAACAGUAGACACAAACACAUAGUAGAUCAGCUAGCCAUGAGCAAACCACGGCACCAAAAGCCCCCACCGGGCCGCACGAACCUCGCGUCAUGCGUCGUCGCCACGAUCUUCCUCGUUUUCGUCGUCAUCGUGGUCCUCAUCGUGUUCUUCACCGUCUUCAAGCCCACCGAACCCAAGAUCUCCGUCAACUCCGUCCAGCUCCCCACCUUCUCCAUCUCCAACAGCACCACCGUCAACUUCACCUUCUCCCAGUACGUCUCCGUCAAGAACCCCAACCGGGCCUCCUUCGCCCACUACGACAGCACGCUCCAGUUGCUGUACGCCGGCAGCCAGGUGGGCUUCAUGUUCAUCCCGGCCGGGAAGAUCAGGGCCGGCGGGACCCAAUACAUGGCCGCCACCUUCUCCGUCCAGUCUUUUCCGCUGUACGCGGCGGGGGCGGCGCCGGAAAAUGUGGGCCCGGUUGUGGUCACGGACGGGUCGUACGGGCCUCGGGUGGGGCCCACGAUGGAGAUCGAGUCGAGGAUGCAGAUGGCGGGGAGGGUGAGGGUUCUGCAUUUCUUCUCGCACAACGUGGAGGCUGUGUCCGACUGUCGGGUGGCGAUUUCUGUGAGUGAUGGAUCUGUUUUGGGUUUUCAUUGCUAGUAGGAGUAGUUUAUUUCCUUACUGUUUUUGGGUUAUUAGUUUUUGGUGAUUUUGAUGAAGCAGGAUUUGGUUAAGUGUGUAUGUACAAACUGAAAUUUUGCUGACAUUGCGAACUGGGUUAAAUUUGAUGCUCGAUCUGUAUGUGAUCUA